AUGGGGCCUCCUGAUACUAAGAGAAGGGAUAGGCGGUGCGAAUAUCACAAGGACCAUGGCCAUGACACUAACAACUGUUAUGCAUUGAAGGACCACCUGGAGGAAUUAGUGCAAGAUGGCCAGCUGGCGCAACAUGUCCGAAAGAAUAAUCCACUGAACACGGUAACUCUACGGCCGGAUUCACCUCCACUUGGUGUAAUUCACAUGAUAUACAGCCUACCGUUGCCAACCCAAGUACAUACAAUUCAGUUGCAACCUAGCCUAUCCAAGCCGAUCACACUAGCUAAACGGCCUCAUGAAAUUGGCAAGAUCAGCUUUGAUGACACUGACCUAGAUGGAGCAACUCUCCCUCACGCUGAUCCCCUCAUCGUUGAGCUACGCGUGAACCGAUUCACAGUCGAGCGUGUUCUUAUUGAUUACGGAAGCACCUUAGGAAUAAUGUAUUAUAAGACAUUCGUUAAACUCGGCUUCACUAAUUCGGAUAUGUUAUCGGCCGAUUACCCAUUGUUCGGCUUCAAUGCCAACCCCGAGUAUCCCUUGGGGAGGAUCACACUAGCAGUACAGGCGGGUACCAAAUCAGUCGACAUGGAAUUUCUAGUGGUCAAACUCCCGUCGCCAGACAAUCUUAUCAUGGGAAGGACCUGGUUGCAUGCUAUGCAAGCUGUGCCAAGCACUUACCAUCAACUACUCUGCUUUCCAACUGAAUAUGGCAUUGAGCAAAUUCGGGGCUCUCAGAAAUCGGCACAGACAUGCUAUCUUAUUGUUGCUGCAAAAAGGCCAAAGGAACCAGAGGUGAACGCAAUUGAAGUACCGGAUCGAGAGAGUCUCGAGGACAUUGGAAAAACCCCUAGCGAGAAGGCAACCAAAGACCUUGAUCGGAUCGAAAUCAAUAGAAGCCCAGACAAAUUCUUCAUAAUCGGCACUUCCUUGAACGAAGUUGACAGACGUGAGUUUGUUUCCUUCUUACUCGGCAUGUAA